AGAAAAUCAAAAUUAGAAAUUCUGAGCGUAAGAAAAAUUUGGGUAUCUAGGGUUUAUCUUUCUCUCUCCUGUUCCUCUUUAUCACUCCAGCAGGAAGAGAUACAAACUCUUUCACUUUCAUCAAAUUCCUUUCUUUCUCUCUCUUCCUGUUCGGAGUUUUCACAUUAAUCAUGGCGAAUCAAGCUCCAGCACCAAUUCGAUCGUUUCUUCAAGCUGCUGCGAAACCGGAAGAAGCUCCUCUUCCUCUUCGCGUUGUUCAGAUUGAGGGCCUGGCAAUACUGAAGAUAAUUAAACAUUGCAAGGACUUUUCCCCAGCUUUAGUCACGGGGCAACUUCUUGGUUUAGAUGUUGGCAGUGUACUUGAAGUUACUAACUGCUUUCCCUUCCCGAUUAGAGAAGAGGAUGAAGAGCUGGAGGCUGAGGGUGCAAAUUAUCAACUUGAAAUGAUGAGGUGUUUGAGAGAGGUUAAUGUCGACAAUAACACUGUUGGAUGGUACCAGUCAACCUUGUUGGGGUCUUACCAGACUGUGGAACUGAUUGAGACUUUCAUGAAUUACCAGGAAAAUAUAAGACGUUGCGUUUGCAUUAUAUAUGAUCCAUCAAAGUCAAAUCAAGGUGUCCUGGCUCUGAAGGCGUUGAAGCUUUCAGAUUCUUUUAUGGAGCUAUACCGCAGCAAUAAUUUUACUGGAGAGAAGUUGAGGGAGAAGAACUUGACAUGGGUGGAUAUAUUUGAAGAAAUUCCUAUUAAAGUCUCAAACUCGCCUCUUAUAAGUGCUGUCAUGACAGAGCUGGAAAAUGAUUCACCAGUCACCCAGUGUGAUUAUGAUCGCCUGCAAUUAGCUACCACUCCAUACAUGGAGAGAAACUUGGAAUUUUUGGUUGAGUGCAUGGAUGAUUUGUCUAUGGAACAGCAGAAGUUCCAAUUCUAUUAUCGGAACCUCUCCCGGCAACAAGCUCAGCAGCAAGCAUGGCUUCAGAAAAGAAGGGCGGAGAACAUGGCCCGUAAAGCUUCUGGAGAAGAGCCUUUACCUGAGGAAGAUCCUUCAAAUCCAAUCUUUAAGCCAAUUCCUGAGCCAUCACGACUGGAUAGUUUCCUCAUAACAAAUCAAAUUGGCAAUUACUGCAACCAAAUCAAUGGGGUUGCUGGACAGAACUUCAGUAGAUUGUAUUUGACCAAGGCAUUGCAUGAGAAUUAAAGUGCGGAUGUGGUGAGCCUCUCCCACAGAUCUCACAAAUACAUUAUUGCUGCCUGAAAAUGCUGUCCUUAAUGAAAUACUAUCAUCUGGGAGUUGGUGUCAAUUUUCGAGGAAUGGUGAUUUGUAGACUAGUUCAUUUUUGUCUGACCACAUUCUUGGUGUUUUUUACAAUUUAGUUAUGUUUGUAUUAUACACUUAAGGUUGUAGGAUCAUUGCUUAGAUCUGAAUGUAACAAGGGGAUGAUUAGCUGCAAUAGUGCUGCUUUGCCCUUUUCAUGGGGUUUCUUUAUUUCAAUGUGUACUUUUUAUAAGGAAGCUCGCAAAGGCUUAGUUUGUAUACCAUCGUUGAGUUAAUUAAUGCCGAAGAAAAUGUGAAUUCCUACAGUCUUGGAUACUUGUGGAAUGAGUUAUGAUUUGAAAA